CAACUCACAACUUGGGAUUAUCAAAACCUGUAAAAUACAGAAACGAAACCAAAAACAUAACCAAAUGAAUAUAUGAUCGUUGGUGAGUUUUUCUCACAGCAACCGACUCUCUUCUGCAAUCAUAUAAAAGAUAUUGUUGUACAGAAUCGAAUGGUUUUCCCAAAUCAAAACUUAAAAUCCAAUCUGAAAAAAAACGGAAGGAUGAGAUCGUCGUCGAAAGAAAACAACCGUGCCAUCAGCGGCAAGAUGUUCGAACUCCAUAAUCGCCUCCACCAUGCCUUCAAUCUUGCUCUCAACAGAUACAAUGAUGACCCGGGGAGGAAAUGGCAGUUUACAGAUAUUGAGACACAGAUUCUUGUAGUCCGCUCAAUUGAUGCAUUUCUUGAUUGUAUGACUACUGACACAUUAGAACACCCACUUGUGAAGGAUUCAGUUGCAGAUAUGGUUGAGGCACUGGGGAGUAUUAUUCAAUUAAAAAAUGAAGCUGUAUUGAGCUUGGCAUUAAGGGUGGCCCCAAAGAUGGUUAGAAAUUUACUUAAACUACCAUCUCAUUUGUUAGAUCUUGUUCGUCCUUUGUCGUCAUUAUUAUCUUCCCAUCAACUGCAAGUAUCUGUUUCAUGUGGCACUGCUUUGAAUUUGAUAGUCUCAAAUCUAAGUUCAAAAAACGAGAAUCAAGUGUGGAAAAUCUUGGAUGAAACAAACACAGUUGUUCAUCUUGUCAGUAAUAUAUGCGAUUUUUCUAGUGGGAACAAGCCAAUUCAGUAUUUUGAAGAGAUGGCUUCUCUUUUGAGUAAAAUAAUGUGGCGGUGGCCACCUUCCAGGUUUUGUGUUUGGAAUGAUGAUAAAUUGAUGAAAGUCUUGGAGGUCAUCAUUCUCAAUCCUGAUUGUCCACUUAAAGUUGCAGUUUUGGAGUUGUAUUCUGCUAUAGCAUUAUGUGGUAAUGGGGCCCGGAAGCUUCUUGAAAACGGGGAGGUGCUUAUAAAUAUGAUGGUGCACUGCAUGAACAACUCAAAUUCUCAUUCUGUUCAGAUUGAGGGAUUUAAGCUAGCUCAAUGUUUAUCGAUAAAUGAACAAGCACGUUUACAAAUGAUGAAAAUGUGCUGUGAGCCCAUCAUAAAAGCCAUAAUAUGCGUAAUGAGUAGUUUGAGUAUCCAUUCUGGAAAGGUUGCACGAAAUCAGUUGUUUUUAUCAAUGGAAGCAUGUCGCUUGGCUCUAAUCACUCGUUGGCCUGGGGAGCAUCACAAUUAUUUCUGGAGACUAGGAGUUGACAACGUCCUAGUUAAUCUUCUACUCAAUAAUUUCCACAAAUUCAAACAAUCUCAACAUUUCUUGUCAGUAAAAGAACAGAUAGUCAUAGCACAGGAGGGGCUCAAUGCAAAUUUUCUUGUUCUAAGACCAUUUAUAUGGGAUAUUCUUGGUUGGCUUGCAGCACACUGUAACGAAGAUUUCAAUCCCGAGAUGUACGGAAAUCAACUUUGCAUUAACAUCCUUAUGACAUGUGCAUGCUCGGCCUUCGUGGACUCGAUGCAUAAGACAUGUCAGUUACAUCAAAAUGAUAUUGACUAUAUGUUUAAGAGUGAACCAGCAAUUAGGUCAGUUCUUAUGAUGAUAAAUUCUCCCUGCAAGUACAUUGCGUCCCAAGUCAGAUCCAUACUGGAUGAAGUAUUGCGGCUUGAAGUUAAGAGCAAGGAGUAUCUAAAAUACUUAUUGGAUAAUCUAAAUGUAAUGUCUUCUGGAAACGCGUUUGGAUUCCCUGAUAGACGUCAAACUGUCAUAAACUUGAUGAAUUUGGCUUGUUAUUCAGGUCUACCACAAUACCGAAAGCAUGUUAUCAAACAUCAAGGGAUAAAGACACUGUUGGGCUGUAUAAGGUGGUGCUUACACAAUCACGUCCAUGUAAGGAGAUCGAUUAUGGCCCCUCAUCUGCUUAAUAUUUUUCAUGAGAGGACUUGUUGUCGGGCUUAUGCAGAAUAUUGGGAAGAUGAAGACAUGCUCUUGCUUUUUGGUUUGUGGGGACUGGCUGAAUUGAUACACCAUUCUGGUUGUGUAAAAAGUCAUUCUGACAUAUUUGCUAGUCAGAAGGAUCUUAACGAAACCCAGUUAAUUAGUGAACUCCAGAAGAUUUAUAUUGAUGUUUCUACUCCUGGAGCAAGAUGGUAUGCUGCAUACAUUCUUAGUUAUUUUGGAUAUUAUGGAUUUCCAUGUAAAUUUGGAAAGAGGAUUGGAAAAGUACUCAAUGAGAAGGAAUAUGCCGAUUUGGAACUAAUUCUUAAAAAUGAAGAGUCUAUAAGUGUUCAUGGCAUAAUUUUAAAGGUUCGAUGUCCAUCAUUGCUGCCUCCAGAACAAUCAGCCCACAGUGAAGAAGAAAGACAUGAAAUAGAGAAGUCCGAAAGGUUAAGGAAAGAAGUUCGUCUAUCCGCUCGUGUGGAUCGCCAGGCGUUGUCAAAGGUUUUGGACUUUGUUUACUUGGGAUAUUUGGAAGCAGGGGUGGACAUUGUGAUGAAGUUAAAAACUAUUGCUAAACGUUGUAAUUUGCAAUUUCUAUUGCAAAUGCUUUCCAGAAGAAGUGCAAAAUGGGGCACUCCUAUCCCGCGCUUUGAUCUUACCUAUGCUCUUGGGCCAGCUGGGCAUAAAUUUUCGGACAUCAUAUUGGAAGCUAAUGCAACUGAAGUGAUGCAUUGGACAUGCAGUGUUUGUUCCCUCACGUUGCCACACAUGCAUGCUCAUAAAGUGAUAUUGUGGUCAAGUUGUGAUUAUUUUCGGGCCUUGUUACAGUCAGGAAUGCAAGAAAGUUAUUCAAAAACCAUCAAGGUACCUGUUAGUUGGGAAGCGCUGGUCAAACUGUGUAACUGGUUUUAUUCUGGUGAAUUGCCAAAGCCCAUUUCUGGCUGUUUAUGGAAUAAUUUGGAUUCUGAAGAAAAGGUACAUGAAGUGCAACCUUAUGUAGAACUUUGCUGGCUUGCUGACUACUGGCUUCUCGAAAAUAUUCAUGAAGAGUGCUCAAAGGUGAUUAUAUCUUGCUUGGAUUCUGCGAGGCAGUUAUCUUUUAAAGUAAUUCAAAUUGCUGAUAGACUCUCUCAAUGGAAGUUAGUAGAGGUUGCAGCAAAUUACUUAGCCUCUUCAUAUCCUCGCCUUCGCGACUCUGGAGCACUUGAACAACUAGAUGAACGGCUGAUUAAUAUAGUCCGAGAUGCAUUUGUUCAACUUUCUCAAGACCCAAAUUGAUUUGCUAUGCCUUAAUCUCGUUUUUGGAGGCUAAACAAGUUAAAAAAUACAUAUACAGGACAGAGAGUACUUCACAGGAGAUUGAACUGUGGUGAGGAGUGAGUACUUUGUAAAAAAUGUACAGUUGUACAUGUAUAGGCUUCUUUAUAUAUUGAUAUGUGAACACAUCUUCCCAUGUCUAGUGAAAAAUAUGUUCAUUGAAA